AUGCCAGCCAAAAUGCAGCUCCUUAUCAGAUGUAACGGGAGGAUUUUCCUGGCUGUUUGUUUAAUCCUCUUUGUGGGAUACACAGCACAAGGUGCUCCAGCACAGAGGGCAAGGUACAAGAGAGUGAGAUGCCGACCCGACUCCUGGUCUGCUAACUGCAUCGAAGAGAAGGGGCCCUGGUUUUACAUGCCCACCGGUGGAGCCAACAGGAUCCUUCCCCCCAUGGCAGACCCAUCCCUGAUGAAGCGAUACCAGGAGCUGGGUGACAUAUUCCCUCUCUUGGACGAUGAUUCUGGCUCUGGCUAUGAGUCCGCGGUGGAGCUGGAACCAGCCUCCGGGUCGGGGCUCGGCGAUGUCGGCACCUUCUCCGAAGCGAAGCUGCCUGUCUUCCUAGCGGGCCCGCGAGGCGGUGAGCUGAAGCAAAAGCUGACGGAGGAGGAUCUGAUCCUGUAG